AUGAAGUGGUUGUGCUCCACCGCGCUGAUCUCGCUUUUUGCGACGACAGCAACGAGUUGGCCUUAUGACGAGAACUUCCUUGACUACAACCUGAACACAAACAAGCAAGCAACAAAUCCCGCAGAAUAUGAUGGAACGUGGGAUGGCCACGAAGGGAAAUAUAAUCCUUCUCCCGAUAACUGGCGUUUCCCGUUCUAUACUCUGUUCUUGGAUCGGUUUGUCAACGGCAAUCCUGAGAACGAUAACAUUAACGGCACCUUGUUCGAGCAUGACCUGAAUUCGAACCAAAUGCGCCAUGGUGGUGAUGUGGCCGGUUUGGUUGACACUCUGGAUUAUCUCCAGGGAAUGGGCAUUAAGGGUAUCUACAUCGCCGGAACUUCUCUUAUGAACCAGCCUUGGGGAUUUGACGGUUAUUCCGCCUUGGACACAACACUUCUGGAUCAGCACUAUGCUACAAUCUCGGAAUGGCGCGACGCCAUCACGGAAAUCCACAAACGCGGCAUGUACGUGUUGUUCGACAACACCAUCGCUACAAUGGGUGAUCUGAUCGGAUUCGAAGGACACCUCAACAGCACGACUCCAUUUUCCGAAAAGGAAUGGAAAGUCCAGUGGAAGACCAAUCGCCGUUACGUUGACUUCGAUGUCGGAAACGACUACAAUGCCUCUUGCGACUACCCCCGGUUCUGGUAUGAGAAUGGAGAACCCGUCAAUGAAUCUAUGACUGCCGGAUUGGUUGGUUGUUACAACAGUGACUUUGACCAGUACGGCGAUAUUGAAGCCUUUGGUGUUUGGCCCGAUUGGAAGCGCCAGCUGGCCAAGUUCGCCUCAGUUCAAGAUCGUCUCCGCGAAUGGCAUCCUUCUGUUCGCGAACGUCUGAUCCGUCACUCUUGCAUGGUCAUCAAGUCUCUUGACAUUGACGGUUUCCGUUACGAUAAGGCUACUCAAGCCACCGUGGAUGCUCUCGGCGAUAUGUCUGAGGCUUACCGAGAGUGUGCCCGCGAUGUCGGCAAGCAGAACUUCUUUAUUGCUGGUGAAAUUACUGGUGGCGAUACUUUCGGUUCCAUUUACCUUGGCCGUGGUAGACAGCCUAACCAAAACGCUUCUGACUCACUGGCUACUAUGAAGUUGACAAAUGAGUCUGAUCCGCAAUUCUUUUUGCGUGAGGUCGGCAAGGAAGCUAUUGACGGUGCUGCUUUCCACUACUCGACGUAUCGUACCCUGACUCGCUUCCUUGGUAUGGAUGGACAGCUUUCAGCUGGAUAUGAUGUGCCUGAGGACUGGGUCGAUGGGUGGAACACGAUGUUGAAAACGAACGACCUGAUCAACGCGAACACCGGUAAAUUCGAUCCUCGACACAUGUUUGGUGCUACCAACCAGGAUGUCUUCCGCUGGCCGGCAAUUCAAUGGGGUGUCGAGAGGCAACUGUUGGGCUCUUUUAUUACCACCUUGCUUCUUCCCGGCAUCCCGCUUCUGCUCUGGGGUGAAGAGCAAGCCUUUUACGUCCUCGAUGCGACCGCGUCUAACUACAUCUACGGACGCCAAGCGAUGUCAGCAGCGACAGCCUGGAAGACCCAUGGCUGCUUCGCAUUGGACUCAUCGCAAUAUUACCAGUGGCCCCUCGAGAAAGCUCGGCAUGGCUGCGAGGACGAUGCUGUCGCUUACGACCACCGCGACCCAUCUCAUCCUCUGCGCAACAUCUUCAAGCACAUGUUUCAAAUGCGUGAAAAUUUCCCGGUGUUGAAUGACGGUUAUACCAUCUCCCACCUCUCAAAGCAGACGGAAGAGGUCCUGUACCCUGGUUCCAACACUACAACAACCGAGACCGGAAUGUGGUCUACUCUUCGCGAUGCCAACAGUGAGGUGCAGAACCUAACCGAUAGCCAAUCGAUUUGGUUCAUCUACCAGAAUGUCAACCGAACAAUGCACUGGACAUUUGACUGCAGCAGCACCGAUACGGAAAAGACAUUGAUUGCUCCUUUCGCAUCAAAAACCAAAGUCAAGAAUCUGUUUUAUCCCUACGACGAGCUGACCCUGGAAGAAGGAUCAACUAAGCAGGGCAUCAAUGGGUCUACAGAGUUCAAUGGCUGUCUCUCCAAAUUGUCACUCGACAGGUAUGAAUUCCGUGCCUAUGUUCCGAUCGACAAGCACGUCAAGCCCCGACCCAUGGUUACUGAAUUCUACCCUGGCCAUGAUGUUCCGAUGCGCUCGACCGUCAAGCCGAAUUCAGAUGAAAGUAUCAAGGUCGCAUUCUACUACUCCGAGGAGAUGGAUUGUGACUCUAUCACCAAUAGCCUGAGUUUCAACUCGUCCACCGAGUUUGGCAAAAAUCCCACGAUCCAGUCCGGUACUGUCAACUGCACGAAUAUUCCCGCCACUGAGACAUCGUAUACCGGUCAGAUCCCGAGUGUUUGGAUGUGGUCUGCCAAUCUCACCGGAGUGUACAAUGGUGUCCACCGUUUGACUGUGAACAAUGCAACCAACGCCGACAAGACUGCCUCGACAAACUCCGUCGACCACUUCCUUCUCCGCAUUGGUCAGAUUGAUAACCCGAUGGUUUUCAGCACUGCCAACUAUUCCAGCAGUUUGUUCCACAAGGACGACAAUGGCACUUUCUUUGUCCAGCACCACGCCGCAGGCGCCGACAAGUGGCGCUACUCUACCAACUGGGGAACAACCUUCUCCAGUUGGAAAACCUACACGGGUGGUAAUGACACCGUUGACGAGCUUGACUGGUCGGGGACCAAGAAGCAGAGAUGGAACGGUGACCACAUCCGUGUCGAGUACUGGAGCCGUUGGACUGGCAGCAGUGACUACGUGCAGCAAGGCGAUGUCGACACUGCCCAGACCCCCCGUCGUUUCCCUCAUCUCUUCUUUAACGGCCCUUACAACCAGUAUGGAUACGAUGCCGGUCUUAAGAAUGAGGUCGAGCUCAACAAGGAUACCGGAUACUGGAACUACCAUUUCGCUUCUGAAUGGCCCGCAGUCGGACAGCUCAAUGUCUGGGGUAUCAACCCUGAUGGCAAGCCUGAUCAGAGUAUGGUGCUUGGUGAUGCCGACGGUGACAGCAUUCUGGACCGCAUGCCGCCGUCUUCUCUUUCCGCUACUCUGAUCAACAUUACCAAGGCUCCCAUUGAUGGUCAUCUGGCAUGGAAGUUCUACAUCAACGAUGCCACUCUCAAGUACAACCUUAUCCCGGUUGGUGAUCAGAGAAUACAGAUCGCCAUGUUCGUCCUUUUCUGGAUCAUCCCUGUUCUUACCGGCUGUGGAUGCGUCUAUAUCUUCAUGAAGUCGUUCUACAAGGUCAAGUUCAACCAGGUCGGUGUCAGCGAAAAGCACAGCCUGGUUCCUCUCGCCUUUUGGAAAAAGCUCAAGCCCUCUCGCAACCGAGAUCAAUCCUCGAACCCUCUCAUGCGCUUAGCGAACAAGUCUGGCUUCAUGCAGAGCACGACAGCCCUUGGCAGCCUUGCCGCCUCCGGAAAACGCCGCAUGGUCCUGAUCGCGACUAUGGAGUACGAUAUUGAGGACUGGGCCAUCAAGAUUAAGAUCGGAGGUCUCGGUGUCAUGGCUCAACUCAUGGGUAAGACCCUCGGUCACCAAGACUUGAUCUGGGUUGUUCCUUGCGUAGGCGGUAUCGACUACCCCGUGGACCAGGUUGCGGAGCCCAUGGAAGUUACUAUCCUCGGCAGCGCAUACCAAGUCCAGGUCCAAUACCACGUCUUGAACAACAUUACCUAUGUCCUUCUUGAUGCUCCGGUGUUCCGCCAACAGUCGAAGACCGAGCCCUACCCUGCUCGUAUGGAUGAUCUGGACAGUGCCGUUUACUACUCAGCUUGGAACCAAUGUAUUGCGGAGGCCAUCAAACGUUUCCCCAUUGACGCCUACCACAUUAACGAUUACCACGGAUCCCUGGCUCCUCUCUACCUCCUGCCAAACACCAUUCCCGCCUGUCUCUCUCUGCACAAUGCCGAGUUCCAGGGUCUCUGGCCCAUGCGAACCCUCAAGGAAAAGCAAGAGGUCUGCUCAGUUUUCAACCUCGACGAGGAUGUCGCUCGUCGGUACGUCCAAUUUGGUGAGGUAUUCAACUUGCUCCACGCCGGAGCCAGUUACCUCCGUGUUCACCAACAAGGUUUCGGUGCCGUCGGUGUGUCCAAGAAGUACGGAAAGCGUUCUUACGCCCGUUAUCCUAUCUUCUGGGGUCUGCGCAAGGUGGGCAACCUGCCCAACCCCGAUCCCUCUGAUGUCGGCGAAUGGACCAAGGAGCCUACUAAGGACGAAGAUAUUACCGUGGACCCUACUUACGAGGCCAGCCGUGCUGAUCUCAAACGGCAAGCCCAGGAAUGGGCUGGACUCGACCUGAACCCGGAUGCCGAUCUGCUUGUGUUUGUUGGUCGUUGGUCUAUGCAAAAGGGUGUCGAUCUUAUCGCCGAUGCCAUGCCUGCGGUUCUCGAAGCCCGUCCUAACGUGCAAUUGGUCUGCAUUGGUCCCGUUAUUGAUCUCUACGGAAAGUUCGCCGCUCUCAAGCUUGACCACAUGAUGAAGGUUUAUCCCGGCCGUGUGUUCUCCAAGCCUGAGUUCACUGCUCUCCCGCCAUUCAUCUUCUCUGGUGCUGAGUUCGCCCUUAUCCCCUCCCGUGACGAGCCCUUCGGUCUGGUUGCCGUCGAGUUCGGUCGUAAGGGAGCUCUGGGUAUUGGUGCUCGUGUCGGUGGUCUCGGUCAAAUGCCUGGUUGGUGGUACAAUGUCGAGUCUAUCUCCACAUCCCAUCUGCUCGUUCAAUUCAAGCUCGCAAUUGAGGCUGCGCUGAACUCGAAGACUUCCACUCGUGCGAUGAUGCGUGCUCGAUCUGCUAAGCAGCGUUUCCCUGUUGCUCAAUGGGUCGAGGAUCUUGAAAUCCUCCAGUCUACUGCCAUUCAGCACUAUCCACGGUUCUAUGACCCCCCUCCUCACGCAAUUAGCAACCCCAUGAAUGGCCUGCCUUCCCCCGGUCUUCCUCCUGGCUUCACCCAUUCUCGUGACAGCAGCUACUCUUUCAACCAGAUGAACGAUCUUGGCUCUCAGAACAAGGCCAUCUACAGUCCUGAGCCUAACGCUGACGACACCGAGAAGCCGAAGUCUGGAUUGAGCAGGUCUCUUUCCCUGGGUGUCCGCUCGGGUCCUGGUCACGCAGCUCGCCGCAGAGCCGCUGCCGCCGGAGAGGCUAUUCCGGAAAGCGAUGCUGAUGCCGAGGACAGCAGCGACGAGGACAUUUCUCACGCUGUCUAUGGUGAUGAUGAGGAGUACACUCUUACUCCGGCUCAGGUUGAAGCCGAGCGCCGUGCCCAGGCCUCCCAGAGGGAGCGUGGUGGUGGUCUUGCUUCGCCUACCAGACGUCUCAGCCAGGAAUCCAUGCACCCUCGAUUCGCCCUGCCUCCUAGCAGCCCUGGAACUCCACCCACCGCCGAGAACCUUCUUUUGCCUCCUACUCCUUUCGGCGACUCCCACCGUUACAGCAAUGCCUCCGUUCUUUCUCUCGACUCCGUUGUCGGGAAGAAGACUGAUUUCAAGCUGCAGAAGGUUGAUCCUUUCUUCACUGAUAGUACUGGCGAGUACUACAGGACUUUUGAUAAGAGACUGGCCAACCUCAACGGAUCCAACUCUGAGUCUCAGCUUUGUAUUGAAGAGUUCUUGAUCAAGAGUGAGCAGCAGUGGUUCGACAGAUUCCGCAACGCCAGACUGGGUCGCCACAACAAGUCUCCUACCCCCUCGAUCAUGCAAUCUCGAAAUGCCUCUCCUGUCUCAUUCUACGAUAAUGACCUAGCAUCGCACCACAACGGUAGUGAGGAUAACAUCACCGAUGACGAGUUCCUUCUCGGAAAGGACUACGUUCCUCCUACCGGUCUCAAGAAAUGGAUGCAGAUCAAGCUAGGUGACUGGCCCGUCUACUCCAUUUUCCUUGCUCUUGGUCAAAUUAUCGCUGCAAACUCCUACCAGAUCAACCUGCUCACUGGCGAAGUCGGUGAAACUGCAGAGAAACUGUACGGCAUUGCUACCACGUAUGCCAUCACGUCUAUGUGCUGGUGGCUCGUCUACCGCUACUUCAAGUCCGUUGUUUGUCUCUCCAGUCCAUGGUUCCUCUACGCUAUCGCUUUCCUCCUCAUUGGCUCUGCCCACUGGGUGUCCGACGAGUUCAGCCGUGGAUGGGUCCAAAAUGUCGGUAGUGGCUUCUACGCCGCGGCCUCGUCCAGUGGAUCUAUCUUCUUCGCCUCGAACUUCGGUGACGAAGGUGGUGCGCCUGUUGAAACCUGGAUCUUCCGCGCCUGUGUUAUCCAGGGUCUCCAGCAAGUCUACGUGAUUGGUCUUUGGUACUGGGGUUCGACUCUCACCAAGGCCUCUCAGGAGGGUAUCCUGUCUGAUAACACACUCGCCAACAGCUGGAAGAUGACUGCCAUUUGUUAUCCAAUUGCGGGUUUCCUCUGCAUCAUCGGUCUGCUCCUCGCUUUAGGUCUCCCUAACUACUACCGCCAAAAGCCCGGCAAGGUUCCCUCAUUCUACAAAUCUUUAUUCCGCCGGAAGAUUGUCACCUGGAACUUCGUCGCCGUCAUCCUGCAGAACUUCUUCCUCAGCGCUCCCUACGGUCGCAACUGGAGCUUCCUCUGGAACUCCUCCCACACCCACGCCUGGCAAAUCGUCAUCCUCUGCAUCAUCUUCUUCGGCGUCGUCUGGUGCAUCUUCCUCUUCAUCGUCAGCAGGUUCUCCAAGCAACACAGUUGGUUCCUCCCCGUCUUUGCCUGCGGUCUCGGCGCACCACGAUUCAUCCAAAUCUGGUGGGGUAUCUCCGGCAUUGGCUACUACCUUCCCUGGGUAGCAGGCGGCUACACAGCCGGCGCCCUCGUGUCCCGGAGUAUCUGGCUCUGGCUCGGAGUUCUGGACUCCAUCCAAGGUCUUGGCUUCGGUAUCAUCCUACUGCAAACCCUGACCCGAGUGCACAUGUGUUUCGCCCUCAUUGCCUCGCAGGUUCUUGGUUCCAUUGCGACUAUCUGCGCGAGAGCCUUCGGUCCUAACAAUACUGGACCGGGCCCUAUAUCGCCGGAUGUCACGCAGGGUGCUCAUGCCGUUGCUAAUGCUUGGUUCUGGGUUGCCCUGUUCUGUCAGUUGCUUAUUUGUGCUGGCUUCCUUCUCUUCUUCCGCAAGGAACAACUCGCGAAGCCUUAG